GACGAGGGGCAAGGCGCAUGUGCAUGCAGACUUCGCGGGAGUGAACUCUGCGCAUGCGCAUCAAGGCGCGGCACAGCCGUGGGGAAUGGCUCAUCGGCUCGCGUCGGGGACUCUGGUGCCGCCUCUCGCUGCCUUAUGGCGAGGGGGCUGCCGGACGCACACAUCGGUGGGGCGCAGGGACCUGCCGCCGAUCCGGCAGUGGCUCGAGGCGAUCCGCACCCCGCAGCAGGACUACCCAGGGAGCAUAGCAUCCGCUUGGCAAUGGCUCUGCUCAAAACCACCCAAAGGCUUUGAGAAGUAUUUUAAGAAGAAUGGAAGAAGUCCCGGCCCAGCAGAGGAUGCUCACCAGACUAAAGGCCUCCCUGAUCCAAAAGAUCUUGGUCAUGGAGAUGGCAGAGGAGGUGGCGGCAAGAGAGGAGGGAAGAAGGAGGAUUCUGGGUGGUGGAGGCGCGUGUGGAAGGGAGAGUUCCCCUGGGAUGACAAGAACUUCGGCUACCUGGCUGUCAUGGGGGCAGGCGCUGCCGUGGGAUUCCUCUAUUUUUUUUGGCAAGAUCCUGGCAGAGAAAUCAACUGGAAGCAUUUUGUCCAUUACUACUUGGCUAGAGGAUUGGUGGACCGUCUGGAAGUGGUGAACAAACAGUUUGUGCGCGUGGUCCUCGUGCCGGGUGUGAGCUCGGAGCAGAGGUCUGUCUGGUUUAACAUCGGCAGCGUCGACACGUUUGAACGGAACCUGGAGACUGCCCAGCUGGAGCUGGGAAUGGAAGGCGCCCAGCAGGUGGCAGUGAUCUACGCCAGGGAGAGUGACGGCACAUUCCUCAUGAGCAUAGUGCCCACUCUGCUGCUGGUUGGCUUCCUUCUGUUCACUCUGAGACGCAGGCCAAUGGGAGCUGGGCGCGGAGGACGAGGGGGCGGGCUCUUCAGCGUCGGCGAGACAACGGCCAAGAUCCUGAAAGACAACAUUGACGUGCAGUUCCGAGACGUGGCCGGCUGCGAGGAAGCCAAGCUGGAGAUCAUGGAGUUCGUGAACUUCCUGAAAAACCCCAAACAAUACCAAGACCUGGGCGCCAAGAUCCCAAAGGGCGCUGUGCUCACGGGCCCGCCGGGCACUGGGAAAACCCUCCUGGCCAAAGCGACGGCGGGAGAAGCCAACGUUCCCUUCAUCACGGUGAACGGCUCGGAGUUCCUGGAGAUGUUUGUGGGUGUGGGGCCUGCUCGAGUUCGGGACAUGUUUGCCUUGGCCCGCAAACACGCCCCCUGCAUCCUGUUCAUCGAUGAGAUCGACGCCGUCGGCCGGAAGCGGGGCCGGGGGAACUUCGGGGGGCAGAGUGAGCAGGAGAACACCCUGAACCAGCUGCUGGUCGAAAUGGACGGGUUCAACUCCAGCACCAACGUGGUGGUGCUCGCAGGAACAAAUCGCCCAGACAUUCUGGACCCUGCGCUGAUGAGACCAGGGCGCUUUGACCGUCAGAUUUACAUCGGUCCGCCUGAUAUCAAAGGCAGAGCAUCCAUCUUUAAGGUCCACCUCCGGCCCCUGAAACUGGAGGAAAGCAUCAGCAGAGAUGCCCUGGCCAGGAGAUUGGCUGCGUGGACUCCAGGAUUCACUGGUGCUGACAUCUCCAACGUCUGCAACGAGGCUGCCUUGAUUGCCGCUCGCCACUUGAAGCCCUCUGUCGCCGAGAAGCACUUUGAGCAGGCCAUCGAGCGAGUCAUCGGGGGUCUCGAGAAGAAGACCCAGGUUCUGCAGCCGAACGAGAGGACCACAGUGGCCUAUCACGAAGCUGGGCAUGCGGUGGUGGGAUGGUUCCUGGAGCACGCUGAUCCCCUGCUGAAGGUGUCGAUCAUCCCCAGGGGCAAGGGGCUUGGCUACGCGCAGUACCUGCCCAAGGAGCAGUACCUGUACACCAAGGAGCAGCUGUUCGAUCGCAUGUGCAUGAUGCUGGGUGGCAGGGUGGCUGAGCAGCUGUUCUUUGGGCGCAUCACCACAGGCGCUCAGGACGACUUGAAGAAGGUGACGCAGAGCGCCUACGCCCAGGUCGUCCAGUUUGGGAUGAGUGACAAGCUGGGCCAGGUCUCCUUCGACUUCCUGCAGCAGGGUGAGCUGCUCACAGAGAAACCAUACAGCGAGGCGACGGCCCAGCUGAUAGACGAGGAGGUCCGAAGCCUCAUCAACUCUGCAUACGAAAGAACCCAGGAGCUACUGACGCGGUGUCACAACCAGGUGGAGAAGGUAGGAAAGCGUCUCUUGGAGAAAGAAGUGCUGGAGAAAGCGGACAUGGUUGAAUUGCUGGGCCCCAGGCCCUUUGCAGAGAAAUCCACCUAUGAGGCGUUUGUAGAGGGCACCGGGAGCUUGGAUGAAGACACCUCCCUCCCGGAGGGCCUGAAGGACUGGAACUGUGAGCGAGAUGAGGAGAGAGUACAGGAGAGCACCUCCUAGCAGUGAGAGCCAGCUGGGGAGGACGGUGCCCGAACUGCUGCCAGCCCCUGCUGCUGGGUGGGCACCGGCUUCCAGGGACCCUUUCUGUGGGCGUCUCCCAGUGGUAAUGCUGACACCGGACAGAGACGCCCAGGAGGCCGGAGCAGGAGCGAGGCUAGGUCUGUAAAUAGGAAGAGCAGGCCAGGCCCCGCUCUGCCGUGGGAGGGCUGGUGCACUGGCUUUCCCUCUGAAAGCUGCAGGUCCCGCCCGCUCCUCUCCCCGGGGCCAGCCUGGGCCUGGCUGGCUGACACAAGGGCUCUGGCCACUCCCGGUCACAAGUGCCCGUUCCCACUGGCGAGCACAGCAGCUGCUUUCCUGGUGCUCAUGGCCCAGUCUCCGUGGGCCUGUUCAGUCUGUGCAGGGGUGUGCUCCUGCCAGCAUCCACCUCUCGCCAGCAGCUGUCCCAAAGCCAGGAGGGUGCUGGAGGGGCUCCCCAGCCAUGGGGCAGAGGCUGGGAGCCCAGGCAAGCAGCAGGGUGAGCUGCCCAGGAGCCAGCUCUCCUCUGUCCAGGAUGCGGUUACUCUAGUGCUACCACAGCAUCCACCCCGGCUGUAACGCCCAGCCUGGCACGAGGCGGGCCAAGGAUCCCGGGCCAUGUGAAAAGAGCCAGUGCCAAAGCUUUUCCCGUCCUCUCCAGGCGGAGGGGCGGGUGCGCAGCCGGGGGAAGAUCCUGUCCUCAGUGCCUCCCAUCCAGCCUUUGCAGCUUUGCUCCAGGGAAGUCCUGCUUUGCUCUCGGAUCCCUGUGCACGGGCAGCGUCUAGGAGACGAGCCUGAACAAGUCCAAAGAGCCCUUCAGAGCAGUGGCCACACGCGCCUGGUAGGAAGCGCCAGCCUGUGGGCAGUCCCUGCAGUGCUAUGCUGGGAAAGGCCCCGCUUCACCCGAGGCAACGGGCUUCGCGGCAGAAAUGGGCUAACAAAAUGGUGCUAAUGAAGUGCCGCUGCUGUGGGCUCUGCCCCUGGCCUGCCCGCCCUGUCGGACGUUGGCAGGAGUAACUCUGGCCCCGUAGGACUCGGGGAGUCGCGGGGCAGUGUGGGGCGCUGGGAGCCGGAAACUCCUCCAGCUCUGAGCCGUUCUGGGGGGUUGUGACUGGCCAUGCGAGUUCCUGGGGGCCUGGCAGGGGGUCUCUUGGCCUGGGGUGUCUUUAUGGCACCUAUAGCCGUGUAUCGAAGCAGGGUAGCUGUUGGCCCAGACAUGCCUGGGGUGCGUCCAGCUCUGUCCUGGGUUAGCUCCUCUCCGGGUGGGGCGUUCCUAGCUCAGGCCAAUGGGGGGAGAGGGGGAGGGGGGCCUCGCUUCUAUUCCUUCCUUGUGUCGAGCCUGUACCCUGCCCUUUCCUCAUGCCCAGGGCGAGGGGUUCACCGGCCGUGCACCCUCGUUCCAUGCAGGGGACGAGCCAUGGCCUGGCUGUGGCCCUGCUCUGGCAUGGCGGAGCUUUGCGUUUGGGCCCCGUGCAGCGUCCCUGCAAAGGGCGUUUCUCUGCCACGGGCGGGCUCCCGAGGGAGCAGCAUUCAUGCUGCAGGGGCUGUGAGGGGAGGGGCAUCUGCAGCAAACCCAGACCACACCCCCGUGCAGUGUGCCCCCGGCAGGCUGGGCUUCCCUAGCUCCUGGGCUGUGCACUGCUCCUGCCUCGCCAGCCCCUGGGCCAGGAUCCCAACUGACAGAGAGCAGCCCCUCUGCUGCUGGUGGAGCCUGCUCCAGCCAGGCCGCUGCAUGGCCGGCGUGCUGCCUUCGAAGUGCCUUCCCCUGCAGCCAGCGGCGUUUGGGCUUCGGAGUCCCUCUACUCCCCUUUCGCUAAGGCAAAUGCAGACAGCACAACCCCUGCUCUGUUACACUGACAUCCCCCUCUGCCUGGUCUAGUCACUUCCCCUGGCCGUGGCGGGGGCGAGCUCAGCCAUUCACCCCUGGGCGCAUGUUCCAGCCUUCUCAGGCUUAGGAAUUGAAGGCCGAACUCUCCAGGGCCCGGUUCCCUCCUUGCCUCCAGCACCCACUGUCUAGGGGCAGAGCUGGGCACAUCUAUGCGGGCGGUGGAGGGGAGCAUUGAGUCUCAGAGCCUGGGUCAGCUGACUCGGGCUGGUGCUAUGGGGCUAAAACUAGCAGUCUAGAUGUGCCAAGCUCUGAAACCCAGCGACUGGCCUAGCAGACAUGUCCUCCUGGGGCUGGGCGCCUGUUGCCGGCUCAGAUACAGUACGAAGCACCUCUGCAGUAGUGCCAAGCCAGCUGCUGGGCAGCCAGGAACCUGUCCUCCCUUCUCUGGAGUGUAGGCCUGUUACAGCAAGAACCAGCCCCAGUGGAGGCAGUGACUUGAUCUGGACAGCUAGGAAGUGCUUUGUGUGCUCCCCAUGUGGCUGCAGCUUGCCCAAGACUGGGACUUCAGUAGCCAGCCCCCGGCUGCGCUGCCUCAGAGUCUUUUUGUCACCAGUAUUUGACUCGUAACACCUGGAGAGCACCAGGUGGGUCUUGCCUCCAAAGUGCAGACGCAUGGUUUGGCUCAGUGGUGUUCAGCGUUUGUGUCACCCCGACAGGGGUGUGCUCUGUUGGCUAAGCAGCUACAGUCAAAUCUGUUUCCGCCCCUUGUCUGCUAGCUGGCCUGUGCGGUUCUCUGACAUUUGCCGCUUCCAGAGCACAAGAAGCUGGUACCUUGCAGCUCUCCUCUGACUAGCGCCUGCGGAAAAGGCCCUGGCUUACUCAGCAGAGCCGCCCACUGUUUGUUCAACGUUGGAUCUGCUGCCUGGUGGUGAGAAAAGCAUUUACUGCCUUUGACUCCCGCUGGACCAGGACCAUAUUGUCCUAGGUGCUGGGCAUGAAAUUCAGUCUGUUACGCCACUGGCAGCAGCAGGCCUGCGCCGAUGGCACAAAGGGCAUAAUGUGAAGGCAGGGGGAUUACAUGACUGGUGUUAAUGUAUCUUGGAGACCCUUCAUUCCUGUGGCUGAUGAAGGGAAGACUCCUGCUUGAUGUUCAGAUCCCAGGCUGAGUUUGGGGCACUGGCAGUUAGACAAUUCAGGCCUUUGCUUGUAAAUGGAGCCUUCUGAUCUGGACUCACCACCGAUAAACAUGAGCCCCUUUGUGACAUCACCACCCCACUGCCUUCCUUUCCAGCAGUGCCCUUCAGGUAGGGAGCAAGGAGGGAAGGAGACGAUGGAGCUGACUCUCUUAGUAUUUAUAUAUCAGAGGGGGAGCCAUGUUACUCUGGAUCUGUAAAAGCAGCAAAGAGUCUUGUGGCACCUUCUAGACUAACUGACGUUUUGGAGCAGCAUCGACGAAGUGGGUCUUCACCCACGAACGCUCAUGCUCCAAAACGUGUUAGUCUAUAAGGUGCCACAAGACUCUUUGCUGCUUUUAGUAUUUAUAAUGUGUUUCCUCUCACAUGGUGGAGCUGGCAUAGCAGUGUGUGCCUGGGAGGGGGAAGGCAGCACGAAGGAAAACUAGUUUUGUCGUCUCCAGCGAUCCAGCCCCACUUUCCCACUGCCCUGGGCCCAGCUUGAUAACUGUAGAGUUGUGAUUUCUAAUGCUGGGUGCCAAAUAAACCAAACCCCACUGUGUGGUGAGGGAUCAUUC